AACAACUCUUUCCCGGAUGCCGUCCCGCGCAAACGUCCAUCUCGUGCUCCUCAUACAUGGUCUAUGGGGCUGCCCUGCCCAUUUGAGCGUCGCAAAGGAGGAACUCGAAGCGGCGUGGGUUGCCUCCCACUCCGCCUCCCACUCCGCCGCCUCCACCCCCCGCACCCCCCGCACCCACGCGCAAGUAUCAGGUCCUGCAGAAGACCCGGUCAUCACCAAAACACUCCAAGUGCCCACCCACCAUGCAGAAGGGGAAGAGCAGGAAGAACUGGUGAUCAUGAUCGCGGGCGGGAUGACUUCUCAGUUGACGUAUGAUGGGAUUGAUGUUUGUGCCAGCCGGGUCGCUUGGGAGGUGGACGAAAAAGUGAGAGAAUUGGAAUCGCAGCACAAACAGGUCGUCAAGUUUAGUGUGACUGGGUAUUCUCUGGGAGGACUCGUCGCAAGGUACCUCCUCGGCCUCCUCCACUCCCGGUCUCCCUCAUUCUUCGACACCCACAAACCCAUCUCCUUCUCCACCCUCUCUUCUCCCCAUUACGGUAUCCCCCGCUAUAACACCCUCCUCUCGACAACCCUUUGCUGGCUCGGCGCACGUAUCAUGUCCCGAUCGGGCGAACAGCUAUACGUCGUCGACAAGUAUUCAGAGGAUGAUCCGAGACCGCUGUUGGAGAUUAUGGCAGAUCCCCGCUCGGUAUUCUAUCAUGCCUUGGAAAAGUUUGAGCGUCUAUCGCUCUUUGCAGCUGCGAUCAACGACAACUCUGUCCCCUUUCCCACCGCCGCCAUCGAAACAGUCGACCAUUUCGCUCAAUGGCAGGAUCAGGGACUUGUCGUGGAUUGUGACGAGGCGGGGAUGAUCCGUUCUUGGUCAAGGGGAGAGGUGGAAGAUGACGAGGUCGAUGGAAAGGUGAAUGGAAAGGGGAACGAAAAGGGGAGAAAAAGACCGGUAAAGAAGAGUCUGGGAACGUAUAUCGGUACGUUACCCCCUGUUUUGAGGUACCGCUUCCCAUUCAACUAUCUUAUCAUACUCCUUUUCCCAAUCAUGCUGCCUAUCGUACUAUGCCUCAUUUUGGCCCGCCAAUCACUCGAUACUUCUCGAUCUAAACGCCGCCUCCAACAACUCGCCCAAACAUCCUCAUCCUCCUCCACCCCCCAAACCACCGCCCCCAUCGCAUCGUCCGCUUCCGGCCUAUCGAUCCAACACCUCAGAGACACGAUCCGGCGCAUCGAACGCAAUAUCGAAUCGGAAUUCAUCGAAAACGCGGACGGUCCCUCGCUCGAUAUCUACAACAAAACCACACCCUUGCAGCAAGUCGUCGUCAAAGUCCAGCUGAAAGAUAGUCAAUUGCGCAUGGCACUCUGGCUGAACCAGUUGCCGUUCAAAAAGUACUUUACGUGGUGGCCAGAGAUUACCAAUGCACAUGCGACUGCCAUUGUCAGGGAUGCUCACCUGUUCCCUCAACAUGAAAGAGGAAGAGGAAUGCUCAAAUUCUGGGCCAAAGUCAUGCUUGGACAAGCUACCGAUGUUUCAUAAAUCAGGUUAAAAAAGAACACAGUUUACAACACUUUAGAUGUUUAUAGAAAUCUCAAGAUACAAACACAUGUAGACAACUCGAGUAUAACCUGUCAAAGACCUAAU